UUUGCCCAGACACCUCCCUCAUUUAAAUCCAAUCAAAGAGACCAAUUUAUUGCUCAACUGGCUAAGAAAUACUUUGAGUAUGCCUUUACUUGAAAAGUUAUCCCCAUAUAUUUAAAAGUUAAAACUAUUGUAGAUAACCAGUCUUGAAUUAGUUCCUCUUUUGAAGGCCCAUUUCCUAUCCUAUAGCAUUUUGAAAUGUAACUGAAAUGUGAUUUCCCCCCUUGUUUUUUUUCCCUCUAAAUUAUGAAAGCAUUUUCAACCGUAUUUCCUGUAAGAACAGUAAAAGAACUAAACUGGGAUGUAUUACGGGAAAUAGGUGGCUCACAAUACUAGUUAUUUACCUGCUUAAUUACCACCUUCAGAGCAAAAUAGAAUUUUAUUCCAUAUUUCAUAAAAAAUGGACAAAAAGCUUAGAAGUCAUGCUAUAUAACCCUAUUUUUAAGUCCAAAACCUUUUUUUUUAAUCUAAUUUCUUGAUGCCAAAAACUUUACAACAUAAUAGAAUCCUUCAAAUGUGAUCUAGACAUCCAUUUACACCCUUUCUAUGACUCAUCCUGCUGAACAUAGUUUAUUUUUAUUUUUGUUUUAGCAAGAUCUAAGUAGCCUACAAAAUACUAAAAUCUCACUCUGAAAAUUCUUAGAAGGUCCCUGACACAAUGUUGAAUCAAACUCAGAUAUUCUUCUCGAACUACCGGGCAUCAGUUCAUCAUAGACUGAUUGCAGUUCCUUUGCCCUCUCAUGCUACUGCUGAAAUGUGCUUUCAAGAAAUACACAAUGGGGGAAAAAAAAGAAAUACCCAAUGAAUCAGAUUAAGCGGUCUCACACUUCCCUAAAGAGACACACUUACUUCUCCUUCCCUUUUAUUCUGCAUAGAAAACUUCUUACAAGAGCUCCCUAAUUAAUAACCUUUCUGGUCUAGGAUACAGUGCCAGCUAGCUUUUGGGAGCUUGAUCAUUUAUGAGGGUAAAUUCUCACAAAAUUAAAGUUGCCAUAGGCUAAGAGGACCCUAAGAGCAAAUGUAGUCUUAUAUUCCUUACAAAUAGUGAUUGAAUAAUGAAAGCAGAGCAUAAGAAUUCAUAGGAACAUGACAGAGAAUUUUCAGUUCUCGGCAUAAUAAAAUGUAGUCAGUCAACAAGAUUUAUUAAAUGCCUAUUAUGUGACAGAUACUUUGAUAAAGCACUAGAAAGUUGAGGGGUAGGGAGACUACAUGUGCAUAAAAUGGUUCAGGUAACCUGAAAGGAAAGUCAUUAGCAAUUGAGACUGAGACUAUCGAGAGGGGAUUUUGAAUGGAAUCUUGAAACUAGGCUAAGGAACUUAAGGAGCAGGGAUGAAAGGAAAAAAAGACAAAGUAAUGGAGGUAGGAGAUGGAGCAUCAUGGAACAAUCAAAACAAAAGAGUGUGAUAAGAAAAGAACAGGAACAGGAAUAAAGUGUAAGAAGUUUGGAAAUGGAAGAAUUUGGAAUGCCAGGGGAUGAUAUAUCAUACAGUCAAUAGAAUUUGUGGAGCAGGGAGGUGAUAUGGUCAGCCUGAGCUCUAUAAAAGUCUUUCAGAAUGGAUUGGAGUGAGGAAAGAUGAGGCAAGGAGGCUAGUUAAAAUAGUACUGAAACAGUUUAGGUGAGGUUAAAAAUCAGUUAAAAUAUUAUUAAAACAACAGGGUUUAUACUGACAGGAUAGCUGUGUGAAUGGACAGAAGGGACCAAAUUGAAGGGAUAUUGUAAAGUUUGAGUAACCUAAUUAUUCAUGGGAGAAAUAAGACUUUACUAUGGACUGGAUAUAUGAAGUGAAUAAUGGUGAGGAGUCAAGAAUGAGAUUAAGAUGUGAGAUUGAGCAAGGAAGAGAAAGGGGACUGUCUGGAAGAUAGUGAUACCAUCAACAGUAAUUAGGGAAGUUUAGAAAAGGGAAAAGUUUUGAAGUAUUGAAAUAUUUGGGAUGCUGAACUUAACAUGCUUAUGCAACAUCCAAUCUGAAAUGUUCAAAAGGCAUUUAGAGAUAUGUGAUUGUAGAGAGAUUAAGAGAAGAUAUAAAGAUUUUAGAAUCACUUAGAUAGAGAUGAUAAUUGAACCAAUGAAGUCUGAUAAGACCAUCAGGGGUAGAUAGUAUAUGACAAAAAGAGUCCAGGAGAGAACCUUUGGAGAUACCCCCAGUUAAUGAGCCAGCAAAGGAGACAAAGGAAAUUGUGAGACAGCGGGAGAACCAGGAGUGAACAGAGCCAUAAAAACCUAGAUAGGAAAGAGAAUCCAGGAUGAGAAGGUAAUCGACAUUGUCAAGAAGGUUGAACAAAGAUCUUUAGAUUUGGCCAUUGAGAAAUGUGAGGAUUUUUUUUUUUUUUUUUUAAGGAACUUAACUGCUAAGCAGAGGAGAAAUAGAGAUGAUAGCUGACAGGGAUCGUAAGAUCAAGGCAAAGUUUUUUGAGGGAUAGAAGAAAUAUGGGCAAAUUUGUUGGCAGCAAAGAAAUAACUAGUAGGAAAGUGGAAGACAAGAGAGAAGGGAGAGGGUAGUGAAGAACCAUUUGCCCAAGAACCUAGGGCAGCUCGGUGGCCCGGUGGGCAGAAUGCCGGGCCUCAGGAAGCCUUAUUCUUCCCAAGUUCAAAUCUGGCCUCAGAAACUUAGUUGUAUAAUUCUGGGCAAGUCACUUAACCCUGUUUGCUUCAGUUUCUUGAACUGUAAAAUGAACCAGAGAAGGAAAUUACAAACCACUUCAGUAUCUUUACCAAGAAAAUCCAAGAUGGGGUCACAAAGAAUGGGACACAGCUGGAAUGACUAAGAACAACUACUCCUAGACAAAAUGUGAUCUCUUUAUAUGAAAUCCAAGUGGAGAAGGAAAACAUGGGGGAAUAUCUAUGAAUGACAUAUGAGAUGGGGAAUGGAAUAAGCAGGAGCUAUUUGACCAAUGGUUUCAGUUGUUGUUAUUGUUUGUGUGUGUUAAGUAUUUAGUGAAGUCCUCACCUGAGAACAUGAGGUGGUAGGAGGUUGCCAUGGGAGGGCUGAGGAGAAAGCAGAUGCUAUGAAAAUUGAAACCAUGAAUUAAUCAGGGAAGAAUAACAGAAUUGCCUUAGAGAUAGGUGAAGGCCUACUUGAGAUUAAAUAAUGUAAAUUUGAAGUGAACCCUGUCAGGGAGAUACUCUAUUUUCCUCCAAUUCUGUUCAUGCACAGAAUUGGUCAUAAAUAAAAUGUAUUGAGAUAAUAUGGAAGACGUGAUAUAAGAAUUAGGAUGAGACUGGGGAAGUACUUAAAAUUCUUAAAGAACUCAGGUUUGGUCAACUAGAUGGCACAUUGGACAGAGUACAAGCACUGAAAUCAGGACACUGUUCAAAGCUGGACAGUGCUUACUAGCUGUGACUGGGCAAGUUACUUAACCCCACUUGCCUCACACACAAAAGAGAGAGACAGAGACAGAGAGAAAAGAGGGGGAGACAGACAAGAGGGAGAGACAGACAAAGAGUACAGAGAAAGAGAAUGUAAAUCAGGGGAAAAAUACACAAGAAAAGAAAAAAGGGGGAAAUAGCAUAUUUUUUUUCCUUUUGUUCUGAUUUUUCUUUCCCACCAUGAUUCAUAAGGAAAAAAUGAAUGUACAUGUAUAACAAAAAAAAAAAAAAAAAAAAAAAAGCUGUUUUUUGCAUGUUACUGGGAAGAAUGAAAAUUUUAUUUAAAAAAAAUUCAGAUUUGUGAUGCUACAUUUAAAUAACUGUUCAAAUACUCUCCUUUGUUGGUCCCAAAUGUGAGCUGAGUCAGUUGUGGUCAUUGAGUGAUUUCAAUCAUUUUUAGUUGUUUCCAACUCUUUGUGAUACCAUUUGAGGUUUUCUUGCCAUUUCCUUCUUCAGUUCAUUUUACAGAUGAGGAAACUGAGGCAAACUGGGUUAAGUGAACAUUUCAGGCCAAAUUUGAACUUGUCAGGCUCAGUGCCUCUCUGAGCAUCAAAGAUAAACUCUUUCUAAUAAAUGAUUCCAUGACAGCAAAAUGACCUCAAAAUCAGCGACUUUUUGGGAUAAAUGGCAGCACAUGAGAAAUAUGCAUAAUUCUUCUUUAAAUAAUCCAAAAUUGUGUUAAAAAAAACUUAAACAGACCUAGUGACAAAGCCACAUAUGGGUGCAAAUGAGGAAGGAAACCCGGUAUAAGAAAGCAGACUAAGUCAUUUUGUCUCACAUUUCAUUCCUCUCCCUGAAGAAACCACUGCUGCCUUGUGAUGACAUAGCCAAGCAACUCUCCUUCAAGAAAGCUGACACAGGGAACCAUGAAUGCCACGUUUCUUCAACUCACCAAUGGAUCCCUCAACUCUACUGACCUCUGCCCCAGAGAUAAUCGGAUUACUCACUUGAUCUUCCCAAUCCUUUACACCACUGUGUUCUUUGCAGGAAUGUUACUAAAUAGUUUGGCGUUAUGGGUUUUCUUUAAGAUUCCCAGCUCAUCCACUUUUGUAGUCUACCUUAAAAAUACUCUGAUGGCAGAUUUGAUAAUGACGCUGAUGCUCCCUUUCAAGAUUCUCUCGGAUGCAAACAUCGGACCCUGGCAAAUCCGAGCUUUUGUCUGCCGUUUCUCAGCAGUGAUCUUUUACGAGACCAUGUACAUUGGUAUCAUCUUACUUGGACUCAUUGCUUUUGACCGCUUCCUCAAGAUCAUUCGACCCUUUGGAAAAUUCUGCGUGCAGAAGCCCAUUUUUGCCCAGAUCCUUUCCACAGUGGUCUGGCUCUUCUUGUUCUUUCUCUCCUUGCCCAAUAUGAUCUUAUCUAACAAGGAAGCCACACCACAAUCCGUAAAAAAGUGUACUGCCCUAAAAGGCCACUGGGGCAUUAUAUGGCACAAGACAGUCAAUUAUGUGUGUCAGUUUAUCUUCUGGACUGUUUUUUUCCUAAUGUUUCUGUUUUAUGUGGUGAUUGCCAAGAAGGUAUACGAGUCUUUCAGAAAAUCCCAAAGUAAAGAUGCCAAAACCAACAAAAAUCUAGAAGGCAAAGUCUUCAUUGUUGUAGCUGUAUUCUUUGUAUGCUUCGCCCCUUUCCAUUUCGCAAGGGUCCCCUAUACUCAGAGCCAGAUCAACAACAAGACUGACUGUACUGUGCAGAACCAGCUCUUCCUGGCUAAGGAAGCCACUCUCUUCUUGGCCACGACCAAUAUCUGCAUGGAUCCCCUGAUAUACAUAUUCUUAUGUAGGAAAUUCACAGAAAGGCUGCCCUGUGUGAAGAAAAUGAAAAGGACGAGCCAAGAAAACUACACCACUCAAACUGAUAAUAUAACUUUAAGUUGACAGAUUUUGUGAGUAACCCUCAUUAAGAAUGUGGGCUUGAAAGAGAAAUUGUAGCAACUGUAGUUGGCGAAAAGCAAUAUAAGCAUUAAACAAAGUGUUGGGGUGGGGAAAAGGGAAUAAUAUGACUAAAAUGUAUGUGUUCUGCUAUUACUUGAUUUUCAUGCAUACUGCAUAGAAAGGAGACUUAAUUUGAAUUUCUGAAUGCUACAUAUGAAGGGUUGUUUAAAUGAAAGGGGAUUAUUCAUCAGUCUUGAGAGGGGAGAAAAUUACUCCAUCUGAGAAAGGAUUGAUUUAUAUGAAAAUAUAAAUUGUCUUAAGACAACAUUUAACCACUAUUUCAAACUUAAAACAAUAGAACAAUAGCUUUGAAAUAUUGGAAGGGGGGAUUAGUUUGUCGAGAUUUAGACUCCUAGAAUGAUUUUCAUGUUCUUUCUAAAAUUAUUAAAUUUGUUAGGGAUAAAUGACUUUGUUGUGGGUGGUCAGUUCCACAUUCCCUAUGUCUUCCAGUGCUAUAAUAAUCACUUCUCUAAAAGCUUUUUACUCUGAUUGUUUAGAAAACAAAUACACUGUGUCCAUAAUUGAAUGUCACCCCAAUUUUUGCGAGUUGUUAAGCAUCUCUUUCUCUAACCCCUCCUUCAGUGACAUAUACUACCAGUGAGGUCUUCACUUAGGCUUAGGUUACACUUCAUCCCUUCCCCUCCUCACCCCUGCUCUCAAAUUUAAAGGAGAUUUUAUUUUAUCUAUCUAUAUCUAUUUCCUUAUCUGCACAAUAUUCUUUUUCUAGUAUAAGACAAAUCUCCUUGAGGGAAGGACAGUUGCUUUAUCAUCUUUAUAGUCCCAAGCUACAGUUCUAUGUGUGAAUAGAAAUGAAACUUCCCCAAAAAACCAAAUGUUUUGGUAAUCUACAAAAUGGGACAAUUCCAGAUCACAGAAUGUUAGAUUCCUAAGACAUAUUGGAGAUCAUCUGGUAUAUAACCAUGUCACUUUAGAGAUGAGAGAAAUUAACAGACUUCUGCAAGGUAACAUGGCCAAGAAAGGGAAAGAGUCUUUGAUUCAAAAUUCAGAGCUUUUUGCACUAUUCCAAGUGAGUACUUGAGUAUCUAAGAGAUACUUAUUGCAUGUUUGCUUUUAAGAAAUAGGAAACCCAAAUGGGAUUGAUCAGAAGAAUUAAUCUUAAUCUUAAUUUUAACCUUAACAAUGACAUAGGACUCAUGAAGAAGAAAGAACCUUAUUAAGUAGUCUAUUCCCAACCUCUAUAUUUUAAAAGGAAUUCUUCAUAUAACCUCUACUUCUUGGAUCCCUAAUUCACUUCAAAGCUCAGUUCAGAUUUUGGCUCCCAGGGGAAGCCAGACAUUUCUUUCCCUCUGCCUUUACAACCCAAUUGUUCACAUUUUCUCCUCCUUCAAAUGAUCACACAUGUCCUUAUUAUUGUUCCAUCCUGUCCAACCCUUUUGUGACCUCAUUUGAGGUUUUCUUGGCAGAGAUAUGAAAGUAGCUUACCAUUUCCUCCUCCAGCUUAUUCUCCAGAUGAAGGAAAUGGAGGCCAAUGUAGGGUAGUGACUUGCUCAGGAUCACACAAUUAUUAAGUGUCUGAGGCUGGAUUUGAACUUAGGAAGAUGAAUCUUCCUGACUCUUGGUCUUUACAUGUUAUAUCAUUUUCUCUUCUCCCUCUAUGCCCCAGAGACUGUAAAUUUCUUAAGAUGAGGGACUGCUUUUCAUUUUUUUUCUCUGAAUCUCCAGAACCUAAUGUAAUAAUGUACAUAUAGUAUGUGCUUAAUAAACAUCUGUUAAAUUAUA